GCGAAGCAUAUACACCCCCAUUCUCUUCCUCGCGCCGCCGCCGCCGAAGCAGCUGCGACCGCCGCCGCCGCGAUUCGAGCCCCAGCCAUGGCGAAGAAGCGGAAGCGCUCCUCCGAUGCGGCGGCCGCGGUGGAGAAGCCCGACGAGUUCGCGCCGCAGCGCCCGGAGCGCACCCUCUUCGGCUUCAAGGAGAAGCCCGCGGACGACGAGGAAGCCGAGGCCGAGGCCGCCUCUGAGGGAGAAGAGGAUGCCGCCGCCGCCGCCGCCGCGGCGCCGUUCCGCAACAAGGAGAAGGUGCUCGUGACCUGCUCCCGCCGAAUCAACUACCGGUAUCGGCAUCUGAUGCAGAACGUGGUGUCGCUGCUGCCGCACGCCAAGAAGGACAGCAAGGUCGAGUCGAAGCAGAGCAAGGGCAAUGCGCUCAACGAGCUGCUCGAGCUCAGGAACUGCUCCAGCUGCCUCUUCUUCGAGUGCAGAAAACAGAAGGAUCUUUACCUUUGGAUGGUUAAGUCCCCUGGAGGACCAUCAGUGAAAUUUCUAGUUAAUGCUGUUCACACCAUGGAGGAGUUGAAGCUUACAGGGAACCAUCUGAAAGGGUCACGGCCUCUUAUAACAUUUUCUACAAAUUUUGAUGAACAACCUCACUGGCAGCUUGUGAAAGAAAUGCUAACCCAGAUAUUUGCUACUCCAAAAGAUCAUCGAAAGGCAAAGCCUUUUCAUGACCAUGUGUUUGUCUUCUCUAUCGUUGAUGACCAUGUUUGGUUUAGAAAUUAUCAGAUUUCUGUUCCCCACAAUGAGAUUGACAAGGUUGAUAAAGGAGGUCUGGACAAGAUGACACUUGUUGAGGUUGGCCCAAGGUUCUGUUUGAACCCAAUCAAAAUAUUUGGCGGUAGUUUCGGUGGCCCUACAUUGUACGAGAAUCCAUUCUAUGUGUCUCCCAAUCAGAUCCGUGCACUAGAGAAGCGGAAGAAGGCCGGCAAGUAUGCCAAGAAGGUCAAGGCUAAGGUGAGGAGGAAGAUGCACGAGAUGGAGAACACUCUGGAGCCUGAUGAAUUUGCUGAACUUUGGAAAGGGGAGGACUAGUUCAGCUAUAGUGAUUGAACCAUCAACCCCCGUUAAACUAGUUGCUCUCGCUGUCACCCGACACGAGUUUUGUUUACUAUAUCUCGUGGAAUUUCUUGUAUGACACCAUGAGUCUAUUAUUUACAUGAAUAAGAUUUUAGUGUCCUAUCCUAACUCCAUCUCGUCUCGUGCUUAAAAGUAUAAUUCGCAUUAGUAGACUUAUA